CGUCUGCCUUCCCCAAGAUGGCGGCGCCGGUCCGUGUGUUCCUGUCAUGUCGCUGGUUGGCAUUGCGGGCUGCCAGGCUGGGCUGCCGGGCUCUGACCUCCUCCUCCUCGGCCGGCGGCGGGCGGUCUCCGUGGCAGCUGCAUAGCGCCGUGUGUCUGAAGAGACCGGCUGUAGUGUCUCAGAGCAAGACUCCCAUCCAGAGAGAUGUGGAGGACCUUCUGCAGCAGAUGGAGUUGGAAGGAAGUUUGUAUUCAGAUCAUGAGCUUCGGCUUAUGGAAGAUGAAGCACGUCUUAAGAGGAAACAGUCAAAUACUUACGAUUCUGAUGAGGAAGAUGAAGAUAAUGAAAUUGUAAUGGGUCAAGAUCUUGAGGAUAUGUGGGAACAGAAAAGUAGACAAUUCAAAACUGCACCACGAGUAACAGAAACUAAUGUGAAAAAUGACAAGUCUUCGUUGAAUAGGAAACUCGAAAAUAAUCUCGUUCUUUUGGUAAAAGAAAAAAUUGGCAAUGAAGAAAUCUGGAUGUUCCCCCAGGUGGCAUGGGAGUGUGGAGAAACUAUGAGGCAGACUGCCGAAAGAGCCAUAGCUAAUUUAUCAGAUAACAGUAUUAAGGCACACUUCUUGGGAAAUGCUCCAUGUGGUUUUUACAAAUACAAAUUCCCAAAGUCUGUCAGGACAGAAGAUAAUACAGGAGCCAAAGUAUUUUUCUUCAAAGCUUUACAUAAAAGUGGAGAUUUGUCUGCAAUAAAGAAAGGAGGAGACUAUGUUUGGGUUAGCAAGGACGAACUCAAAGAUUAUUUAAAACCAGCCUAUCUAUCUGAAGUUCAGAGAUUUGUAAUAGAAUUAUAACACAUACUUCUAUGUAUAAUUGUAUUAAAUGUAUUGUUCAUCUGUUA